AUGAUGCAUUGUUCAUCUUGGGACAUUAAGCAGAUUUGUGGGUACAAGAAUGUUGGCUGGACUUUGCAACAAUCUAUAGGAAGCUCUGGUGGUAUGUUAAUUCUCUGGGAUAGAGACUUUAUGGAAGUCAGUGACUUACUCGUAGGUGACUAUACUCUUUCGAUACUUUGUACAAACAAGCUUGACAACUACCAGUGGGUUCUUACAAAUGUUUAUGGACCGAAUAAUCCUGUGGAGAGAACUGAACUUUGGAUUGAGAUUGACAAUGUUUGUAGAUAUUGGAUGAAUCUUCCGUGGUGUAUUGGUGGUGACUUCAACAUAAUAACUAAAUGUGAUGAGAAGAAAAACUGCAAGAAGAUUACAAGGAGCAUGGUAAAGUUCAACAACUUCAUAUUGGAACAUGAUCUUAUUGAUUUACCCCUAAAAGGGGCAAGAUACACCUGCUUAAAUGGUCAAGCAAACCUUGUAAUGUGCAGAUUAGACAGGUUUCUUAUCUCCCCAUCUUUUGAACAACACUACCCUUUCGUUUCCCGAUCAGCCAAAGCUAGACCUACCUCUGAUCACAUCCCACUCCUCUUAGAUAUCUCCGACCCAUCAUGGGGACCUAGUCCUUUCAGGUUUGAAGUUAUAUGGUUUCUGGAGAAUGGAUUCUUACAAUUACUAGAAGAUUGGUGGACUUCUUUUUGUUUUGCAGGUACACCAAGCACUGUACUUUGGCAAAAGCUAAAAGCCCUUAAAGAGAAGUUAAAGGUUUGGAACAAAGAAGUUUUUGGUAACAUCAAUACAAAGUUGACUGUUAUUCUCUCUGACAUACAAACACUUGAUGGACUUGCGGAGGAUAAUAUCCUUACCGAAGAGGAAUUGACUACGCAACUUCAACACGAAGCUGAGUUUGAAAAGAUUUCAAAUAUGGAUGAGACUUCAUGGAGGAUCAAAUCAAAUACUAAAUGGUUGCAAGAAGGAGACCGAAAUACUUCGUUCUUCAUCAGCAAUGCUUCGGCUAGAAGAAGAUAA